UCCGUCCUCUGCACUUGGCGCUGCGCGAAUGCAGUAAGUGUUGGCCCUCUGGCCUGGGCUCUUGGAUGCUUGGAGACAGGUUGCCGAGGUCUGGGUGUGCGAGGCGCUAAUCUGCCCCUCCGGGUUUAACGCUGUGAGCGGCGGAGCCGAGGAGCUGAGGGUUCUCGUGCGGGAUCAGCGGUAGACCCCACCAGGCAGCGGCGGAGCGGUGCGACGGACCGGGGCGGGCGGAGCCGGCUUUUCUGUCGGCUGACGCAGGCCGGCGCGCCGCGCCUUUAAGGCGUCCAGCAGAGCCCGGCUCCGGGAACUGAGCGGCGCGGGCACGAGCGCUGCUGCCGGCCGCGAGCGGGGCUGGGGCCCGAAGACGGGCGUCCGGAUCCGGUGGCGCGACCCAGGCGCCUGAGAAUCUCAUUCUCAGCUUCUGCCAGAGCCAGUAGCAGUUGGGAAAGAAGGCUGUGUUCUUUGAAGACCCUGCAGGUGUCGGCCAGUCUUAAAGAGCAGGAUGGAUCUUGACGUGGUUAACAUGUUUGUGAUCGCGGGCGGGACACUGGCCAUCCCAAUCCUGGCAUUUGUAGCCUCGUUUCUCCUGUGGCCUUCAGCGCUGAUAAAAAUCUAUUACUGGUACUGGCGGAGAACGUUGGGUAUGCAGGUCCACUACGUUUACCACGAAGACUAUCAGUUCUGUUAUUCCUUCCGGGGCAGGCCUGGGCACAAACCGUCCAUCCUCAUGCUGCAUGGGUUCUCUGCACAUAAGGAUAUGUGGCUCAGCGUGGUCAAGUUCCUUCCAAAGAACCUGCACUUGGUCUGCGUGGACAUGCCAGGACAUGAGGGCACCACCCGAUCCUCCCUGGAUGAUCUGUCCAUAGAUGGGCAAGUAAAGAGGAUACACCAGUUUGUAGAAUGCCUCAAGCUGAACAAAAAACCCUUCCACCUCAUAGGCACCUCCAUGGGUGGCCACGUGGCUGGGGUAUAUGCUGCUUACUACCCAUCAGAUGUCUGCAGUCUUUGUCUCGUGUGCCCUGCUGGCUUGCAGUACUCAACUGAUAAUCAAUUUGUACAGCGGCUCAAAGAACUGCAGAACUCGGCCACCAUGGAGAAGAUCCCCUUGAUCCCAUCCACCCCAGAAGAGAUGAGUGAAAUGCUCCAGCUCUGCUCCUAUGUCCGCUUCAAGGUGCCCCAGCAGAUCCUGCAAGGCCUUGUUGACGUCCGUAUUCCUCAUAACAACUUCUACAGAAAGCUGUUUUUGGAAAUCGUCAGUGAGAAGUCAAGAUACUCCCUCCAUCAGAACAUGGACAAGAUCAAGGUCCCAACGCAGAUCAUUUGGGGGAAACAAGACCAGGUGCUCGACGUGUCUGGCGCUGACAUGUUGGCCAAGUCAAUCGCCAACUGCCAGGUGGAACUUCUGGAAAACUGUGGGCACUCAGUGGUGAUGGAGAGGCCCAGGAAGACGGCCAAGCUCAUCGUCGACUUCUUAGCUGCUGUGCACAGCACAGGCAACACCAAGAAGCUGGACUGAGACCCCACCUGCAGCCUGCACUCACACACAGCAUCCACCCCCAUCUCCAGAAUCAGACACGGCCACCAUUUCUCAGGGAUCCUGCCCCAGACGUGGUCGGAGUGCCGGCGUCCCUGAGGAGGCCAGUCCCCUGUCCCCGGUCCCGACAGAUCCACAGUGCUUUGGGGGCCACAAGGAAAUCUCCAAGAUAUUUUUCACAAUAUAGAAACUCACAUGAGACAAAAUUAAGAAAACCUAGCCAGAGAUCUACCCAGAAGUCUUCAAGUCGUGUUGCAAAGCAGCUGCCUUGGGACCGUAAUCACCGAGGCCAUUUUCUUUAAAACAUCCUUCACAGACUGAGACUCGAGGUUUUUCUGCUGCUUCGAUGUUCUCCCCUGCAUGGUCAGUGGCUGUUUUAGGAGCAUUAGUCUCCAUCUGCUGAGCCCUUCUUGUUUAUGUCUAGUUUAAGUUUUAUGUAGAGGCCCCUAUGAAUGCAAGUCUGUCAGCUGGAAGACCAGGGAGCAAGAUGCAAACUAUAAACGAUAUUAGCCCGCGAGGAGGGGUGCGGUCCCACAUCUGCGGCCCCCUAGCUGCCGGAGCAGUGGAGAGCACGGGUCGGGGCGCUGAUGGGCCCCUGCACGUCAGCCCUGUCAUGAGGGAACCCGCAAUGGUCGCCAUACGAAGAACAGGGUGGGUUUCCUGGGAAUCAGCGAUUAUUUUUUAAAAUAGGACUAAUGAAGCAAUAAUGUUCUGUAAUCAGACCUGGAUUCCACACACAGGCACCUUGUAGGCAUCUUUUCUAUCUUGCUGCGCUACUGAAGACCCUUGGGUGUAAAAUACUAGUUUGUUAAUGAAUUCUGUGAAUUCUGUGAACAGUCAUGUGAUUGAAAAUAAGUCUAAACAGCUGUAAAAGUGACCACAAUGUCAUGAAAUAAAUUUAAUAAAUCUAGAUCAGCAACA